CAGAGUUGAAUUGUUCCACUUCCAUUUGCCAUUUUCUCUCACAAGCUGGCCGGUUCCGCUCCUGUUUAUUUCCAUUUCACAUUCUUGGGUUCUUUCCCACCCUGACCGCAGGCAGCCAGACCUGACUUGCCUUCUCGUGUAAUCACACUAUGAUCACCUCUAGGUACCCUAUCCAUACUCCUCGCGAAGCCUGCUAUGGAGACAUGAACGGCUUUCCGGGAAUCCGCAAUUAUGGCAUAGUUGACCCAGGUGACAUGUACGACGUCUACUGCUACGCGGAAGAACUUUAUGGGGACCUGUUUGUGGAAAGUUCUCCAGGGAAAUUCACCUGGGAGGAGGCCCAAGCGGCCUGUGAAAAACUCGGGCUGGAAAUGGCCACGACAGGCCAGCUCUAUGCAGCCUGGAACCAAGGGCUGGACCACUGCAACCCAGGCUGGCUGGCCGACGGCAGUGUGCGCUACCCAAUUGUGACGCCCCGCGAGAAGUGCGGAGGGAACAUGCCGGGAGUCAAAACCCUCUUCGCCUUCCGCAACCAGACGGGAUUCCCAGACCCCCAGAGCAAGUUCGACGUGUUCUGCUUCCGAGGGCAGACCAGCCCCUCCCGGGAACCGCCCCUCCCGGAGGCCGAGAGAAGCAGCCAGGAGAUCACAACGGUGACCCAGGAGAUGGAGGAACUGCAGCUGUUGGAGGGAGAGCCGGAGGGGGCCAAGGAGUCCAGGGGGGCCAUUUACUCUGUGCCCCUCUUCCAGGACCCCCUUGGGGUGCCAGAGGAGCCAAGCGAAGCCUCGGAGGAGGCGGCCACCGCAGAGCCCGUGGAGGCUGGCCCAGGCGGUUGUGACGGGCGGAGCGGAGAAGAGGGGGAGGAAGGAGGCGGCAGCUGUGCCAGGCAACAUGGGCCUGUGCGAGAGAUGGUGGAGGCCAGGGCGGAGGAGGUGCCCAGCACCCAGGAGGCCCAGCCCCUGGACCAAGGGCCGCAGAGGGAGGAAGGCGAGCCAGAGAUCGUGGAGGCAGCUCCCCAGGAAGGGGAGCCUGCGGAUGGAGAGGCAGUGGGGAUCCAGCCCAGGGAGGAGAAGGAGGCCCACACUGUCCACAGCCCUGUAGAGCCCUCACCUUCCGAGGCUGCAGCCGGCUUCUCCGACAGCCCAGGGAGCGGAGUCCACGGAGGUCCCUCUGUGCCUCCCUCAGAGGCCGCCUCGGAAAGGAGCCACGGUGCCAGCCACACUUCCAGUCCCCCCACGGAAGCUGGCGCAGGAACAUCUCCGGCCGGGCGAGUCGAAAGCAGCCCCGUUUCUGGGCCUCCCCGAGAGGCAGGAGCAGAGCCUCCAGGGAUGGCCGCUUUCCCAGGGACCCCCUGGGUCCCCCUGCUGCUCCCAUCCCUGAGCACGACGCCAGCCGGCUCGUCUGAAGAGAGCGGGGACCACUCGGGCGCCUCCUGGCCCCCACCAGCCGGGGUCUCCGGUCCUCCGGAUGAGGGCGAGGCUGCCUCGGAGGCCUCUGCUGGCUUCGGAGGGGAGCCUGAGCCAACCAAGGAGGAGCUGCGGGCUGAAGCAUCGGAGGAGGAGCAGCAGGAGCCAGCUCUGAGGACAGCGGUGCCAGCGGUGGACGAAGAAGGGCCCCCAGGACCCCAGGAGGCUCUCCCCACCGGAGGCUCUCUGGGCUUGGACUUCUUCAGCACCCCAUUCCUGGAGGUCUCCUUGACUACUACCCACUCUCGGCCCGUUCCGCCCACUGAAAGGGCCAGCCUGGGAGCAUCUGGCAGCGUGUCAGACACCUGCAUGCCAAACCCCUGCAGGAACGGAGGGACUUGCACAGAAGAAAGGGGGCGCCCAGGCUGCCUCUGCCUCCCGGGAUACGGAGGGGACGCCUGCGACGUCAGCCUGAGGAAGUGCCAGCCCGGCUGGGAUGCCUUCCAAGGAUUCUGCUACAAGCACUUUUCUGCCCGGAGGAGCUGGGAAGAUGCCGAGACGCGGUGCAGGGAGCACGGGGGGCACUUGGCCAACAUCCUGUCUCCGGAGGAGCACAGCUUCCUCAGCAGUCAGUACAGAGAAUACCAGUGGAUUGGCCUGAAUGACCGCACGAUAGAAGGGGACUUCCAGUGGUCUGACGGGAGCCCUCUGCUGUACGAGAACUGGCAGGACGGGCAGCCUGACAGCCACUUUCUCUACGGAGAGAACUGCGUCGGCCUGUCCGGGCAAAAGGAUGGGAAGUGGAGCGACCUGCCCUGUGGCUACCAUCUGCCCUUCACCUGCAAGAUGGGGCUGAUCUCUUGCAGCUCCCCCCCCAAAGUGGCCGAUGCGCAGAUCUUUGGCCGACCAAAGCAGCGUUACGAAGUCAACUCCGUCCUCCGGUACUGGUGCCCCGAAGGCUUCGUUCAGCACCGCUGGCCUCUCAUUCGCUGCCAGGAGAACGGCCAGUGGCAGCGGCCACAAUUUGCCUGCAGCCCCCCAGAGUCCUAGAGGCCAGCAGCCUCUGCCCGAGGGCCCUGGGAACUUUGGACAGCUGGGGGCAU